UAGAUCAUACUUUGGUGUAUAAAUACGACUCGAGAGAAGAAAAUUGUUUAUUAAUGUUCAGUUUUUCUUAAUUAGAUUUGAUAAAAAUUUCUAAAAACGUUAAAAGAUGAACCGAGGAAAUGGAGAUUUUGUGACUAUUCGAUGCAGUGAUGGUGAUAUUCGUACCCGAAGAUCUGCUUUACAACCUUACAGAGCUUUAUAUGAAGCACGAAGUGCAUUUUCUGGUGCUCUUAGUGAAAUAAGAUUGCCCCAUCUUCCGACCAGCGUAGCCGGCCAAAUAGUUACUUGGGCAGAAAGGCAUAUGAAUGAUCCUGGCAGAUCUUCAUUUGAACCAACUCAAAACGUUGACGUUACAUUGACUCCUGAAGAUUCAAACCAAUUAUCGAGUCUUGAUAUCAAUACGCUUCUUCAAGUUAUCCAGGCAUCCGAUGAAUACAUUAUUCUAGAUUUACUCUCCGGUGCAUGUAAAAGAGCAGCAGAAGUUUUCGAAAAUACAGAUCCCAUGGUCCUAAGAAGAGAACUUUUCAACGGCGAAAGUGGUUUCUCUGAAGAAGAAGAGGAAAGAUUGCGCCACGAAACUGAAUGGAUAGAAGAACUAUAAUGUUAUUUUUUAAGUUUACUCAAAUAAAAUUUUUAAAUUAAUGCAAAA